AAGGAAGAAACCAAACCAGAGAAGUAACCCUAGAAGGCUGAACUCAACCCCAAUCAAGGAGGGAUUUUGGGCGGGAAAAUGUAAAACCGCUAAUUUUACAUCCGUCCUUACAGUUCCUUCCAUUAACUCUAUCUCUCUCUAUCCGUACUCAUAAUGGUGCUACUCUCUGUGAGUAAUUGGAUCAACUUCUAGAUUCUUCUACGCAUCUCUCUCUCUCUCUCUCCCCCGAAAAUGCCGGAAAAUGGCCAGCGCCUGGACCCGACGUCGCCAGCCGGGGAAAGCCAAGCAUUGGUUUUGGAGCUGUCCCCAAACGAAUCGGAGCUCGCGCGGGGAAGGCUUCGGCAGCGAUGGGAGUUGGCCUCUGUCCUCAACUUUUUGAAUAUAUGUAUUUGUACGUGGAAGAUUGUAUCGUUGUGCAUGCCAGGGAUUUGGUUUUGUGCGCUUUACUAUCCGUCGGUUUUUGAGCCCAUUCUUGGGAACAAGAUGAAGACUUCUGCUGAAGAGAUCGAGACAGCUCUUAUAACACCAAACAGCUUGCUUUCUCAGCUUCACAUUAUUCUUUUAAAGGGAAUACCACCUGUAAAUAAAAACUUGAAUGGUUCUGAUGCUUGGGUGACAGUGCUCUGCAAGAAAAUUCUUAUGUGGUGGCCAUGGGUUGCUGAAGGGGAUGUUCCACUGAUGGUGGCUAAGGGAGAAGAGAUAUCCAGAUACAAAGAACUUGAUCCAACAAUUCGGUUACUACUUCUAAAAGCACUUUGUGAAAUUCGAGCUGAACAAGAUGAUGCGGUGUGUUUUAUCAAUGAUGCUCUUAAAAAUGGAGCUGAAAUUUCUUCAUUCCGGAGAGAUAAGAUAGGAGAAGAUGGAAAUGGAACUACAUACUGGUACGAUGGAAAUGCGGUUAUUGGUCAUAGACUAUAUAAGGAAGUACAGAAAUUGGAGUCAAAGCCAAAAUUUAAGGGCAAGGGCAGUCUUCCAUCAAUCAUUUAUGAGUGGGAAACACUUGCAACUAAUCUUGAGGAAUUUCGUAAAGUUGUGGAUAGAUUUUCAUGUAGCCAAGCUAAACUAGAAGUUGCUGUUGCAAGGAGUAUUGAAACUGAUGCCAUUCCUGUUCUCGAGAAACUUCAUAAGAAGAAAGGAAGGGCACUGAAGAGACAACAACGGCAGGAGAUGCUUUUGAAUGACUUCCAAAAUUCUGUGAUUACUCGUUCCUGCCGCAAUCGUAGGCCUGUCAGUUAUACAUUUGAUGAAUAUGAUAGGGUCAUUGACGAGGCUAUUCAACUAACAAGGAAACGGAAUAGUACUGAGGAGCCAACGCUGGAAGAAAAGCAGAGGGGCCAGAAGAAAAGAAAUGAAGAUGCCUCUAAUGGAUGUUUGGAUGCAGAAUCUGACUCCUGGGCAAGUGACACACUUUCUGGCCACGAUAAUGACGAUGUUGAUGACGCUGACUUUGGGAAGGAUGAUGUUGAAGUCAUCCGCUCGAGCAGUACUGAGAUGGAAAACAAGGAACCUUGCCAUGGUAAUCAUGCAACAAUAUCCCAGAAGCAGGCCGGUAACUUUGCUCUUAAGCAACGUUUGCGUUCUUACAGUAGUUUAGGUGGGACUGCCAACAAUUCUGUUUCAGAAACCAGAAAUCUGGGUGCAAAGAAUAGGCUGAGGCAAAGGCCUACACGCAACUCUGCCCUUGAAUCUGCUAUUGUCCCUGAUUCAGAAUCUGAUCAAUCAAGCAAUGGGAUGUCAAGCAGUGAAAAAUCCCCAUCUGUUGAUCUUGGCGGUGAUGAUGACAACUAAAAUUCUUCGCCCAAGUACACUUAUCCAAGGGGCUGCCCUUCAAUUUUGUAUCACAGCAAGGAAAUCAUGGCCGCCCUUGUCUAUAGAAAUGGCGUGUUAUUUUCUGCAGUAAUUGUGUUUAUCAGAUUUAUUCUGCAUCAUACAUUGGGUUGCGAAGACGUAAGUGGCUUUUAUCUAGCUGAUGGAUGCAUUUAUUUCAGGCACCUCAACUAAGUCUGCUUCCCCAUUGUAAUAUGAUGUUCAAUGAUGCUAGGAGUUUUUGGGUGUUCUUUCUAUCUCAUCGAACAUGUUCGAAGCUAGUGUUUUUGGAAAAACUUAAAAGAAAUGUUUAUAUAGUUAAACCAAAGAAUGAUUAUCU